CAUUGGCUUCACUACUCCCCGAACUCCUCCGUCCGGACGACAGGGUACAGGUCUGCUAGUGUUCCAUGACAUCGCAGUAUCCAGCUUCAGCUCGGCUGCUGUGAUACUGCCGGCAUGAAGGAGCGAGGCUCCUCGCGGUCAUUCAGUCGGCAGCUACAGGCAGCGCUACUCUCCUCACAGAGCGACAAUUACCUCCACCAGCUCGGUGUUGGGUCAAGCAAUGGUGUUGAUAACAGUCGCAGUGAGCAGCCAAUCGCUUUUUCGUCCAAAAUUCCAGCGACAAUAGAAAUUCAACAGGUCAAAAGGACGACGCAGGACCUCUCCAUCGAACAGCUUCUAGCGCCCUCAGAACCGUCCAAGCUCAACAAGCAAGAAGCGAAGUCCUAUGGCAAAGAAGAGCCCGGGUCUGUCCAGAAUGCUGUCAUACCAUCAGACGACAAGGGAGAUGCUGCCGAAGCUGCAGCCAAGAAAUAUCUCGUCAAGGCUGCGAAAGCUGAAAGAGACGCUAGAUUCCGGGCAGGAGCGGCUCAGUACCAGGAGAUACUCCGAAAAGGACCUCCGAAGCCCAAGCCUGGACUGCUAGAGAAAAUUGCCAUCAUCAAGGCGGAGAAAGCUGCUCGAGAUACUGAGAUGAAAGAUGGCAAGGAUCUCGCUAUAGACUCAGUCGAGCCUGAUCUUGACUACCGUCAGAGGGCCCAAGGCAAACCUUCGGUCUGGUCCACUUCGCUUCAAGACCUGAGGACAGCAGACGAGCUAUGUCCGGAUACAGACACCAAGAAGGGCAGAGUGGGCGUCAAGCUCAGUCGAGGUAGGAUCGCUAGAGCAGUUCUCUUUGCAGACUCGGCAGCUGUGCAGAAUCAGCGGCUCGAUAGACAAGGGGCAGCUUACUUUGACGUGGUCGUGCCGAUGUCAAAGAAGCGCUCACCGAUCGAAAGCAAGCAGCAGAACAAAGCGGCCAGCAAUGGCAGUCUGUCGGCCGCUGACCGAAGUGGACAGUCUCUUGGUAGCGAAGAACCGAUUAUGGCACCACCCCCUCGUCGCUCGUUUAUGGAGAGGCGUAUGGCUAGAGGCUGGGCUUAUCAGCAGAUGCAGCAAGACGUAGUAAUGUCUCCAUCGACGCCUCAGCCCGAGCCUCAACCCGACCCCAAGGCCAAAGCAAUGUCUACAAUUGACUCGAUUCCUCAAGAAUCCGCCCCCAGAAGCUCUGGAACUGUGCCCACAGAGUCUAGCGACAAGCAAACAGGAUACGCAGAUGCUAUGGGCGGCCAUCAGGUACCAACAAAGGCGGUAGCUGUGCCCGUUCAAUCUGAUGGUGAAGCACAAGCUUCCCCUGCCACAACGAUCGCGAAGGAAGCCCGCGAUGCGUCCACCGAGGGCCUCUUGGAGGCAUACAGACUCGAGACGCCCGUCUACCUCUACCUCGCUGGCAAGUGCCAAUGCUCAGGCGCAGCAGACGCAGCCCUGGCUUGCAUCGGCGAGUCUUGUGGAGCUCUACGUCUCCUCCCGUGCAAAGUGCCAGAUUGUGUAGAAGCAGUCGGUGUCGGCUGGACCACGAUCGUGGAUCUCGAAAUGCUGGUUCGUCCCCAGCCGACGAUCCGCUUCUAUCUAAGAACGGAUACUUCACUAGAGAAGGAGCCGUGGUGGUGGCUUCCCGUCUCUCCAGACUCGCGAGGUUGGAAGCUUUCACGCAAGGCCCCGCCAACCACCCAUCAGCCCUCCCCUCACAAACCAAGCGGGCUCCUCUCUGCACUGAUCUGUUCGUCUUGUCAUGCUACCGUGCUUCGGCAGCACUGGCGAGGCUGGACCUGCUCGCAUUGUGGCCUUUCCGUAGCAGCAAGGGCCCUCUCAUCUGAUAUUGACGUGGACUGGGGCAAAAUGCCAAUCUUGACCGAGGGGCCCAGAAUGGACAAUGGCAGGGUGUUGUGCAUUCCCCCUAUCUCGCGGACGGAUAUUAAGGUCUGGGAUGACGGGAUCAAGGUGGUAGACUACAACCUGCCAGCCGUAAGGUCGCUGUCGGCAGGGAUGUCUUUGAGGAACGCAAGUACGGGUGAGGCUGUGGAACAACGCGCUGCCAACGGAAGUACAUCGGAUGUGAAGCUGCAUCACUUCCUCUCUUGUGGCGACUGGAGACGAACGUGUGACAAGCUAUUACAGAGGCUGCUGGACCCGGACAUGCCCUACGAGCGCAUCCUCGGCCCCAAUGGUCGUCUUUCGCACUACUUCUCCACCACCUUUUUUCUCACAGCCCAUUCGACCUCGCACCAUGUCCCCUUUCUGCCAUCACCAAUCUUGAAUGUCCAGGAACACUCGACAGCUGCAGAUACUCUCCUGGACGCAGUCGAUGAGGUGGAGUCCUUGCUCUCGCGGAUGAACAUCGAGUUGCGCGACGAUGGCGACAGCAAAGGCGAUGGCACCGGGAGGGCAGUCACAGGACUAGAAGGAGCCUCACCUCUCAUGCCCUUCUCCACCCUGACCGCCACAGUAGCAGACGUAAAAGACAAGCUUGAACUUCUCACUCUCGUUGCACCCCCUCCCAAUGCGGGUGGAGAAGAGCCCGGCACCGGUAACAGACAGAUCGCCUACCUGCACCUCGGCUCGCCAGCCGCUAUGCUCAUUUCUACCACCCGGAGGGACCCGCUCGCCAGUGCCAGCGCCGGUGCAAGUGGUAGGAAUCGUCGAACCUUUCAGUUGCUCUUCAGCUGUAUGGUAGCCCAUGGGGACGUGGUGCUGAUCAGAUGCGGAGAGGGGAGCGAGAAUAAGGUCAGUGUAAGGGCCAUGAGUGAUGAUACGAGGAGGAAGAGAGCACAGCGAUGGAAUUGACUUAAGAGUACCGCCCUCCCCUCUUUUUUCUUCUUUUGAACAGGUCAUCGUCGAGACACAAAAGUUGCACGUUGGACUGGUGUUCACGUGAAUGCAAUGCAUUCAAUUGAAUCGUGAGC